GUGGACGUAUGUCAGACAUAUGAGCGCCGUGGGCGGGUGUCGACGUGUUUGUAAAGUGGGGGAAGGCAGAGGGGAGCGCAGCGCUUCAGUGUGUGGAUAUGCGGAUAUAGGUGAUGGUUAGAAGAGAUGUAAGUGGCGUCGGCCUCAGCUCUCCAAAGCUGUUGGAUGGGGGAGGCGUGGCGCACUCUGCCCCUCCAGACCGAAAACCACCUGUAUGGAUGACCAGUCCCUUAUCGUGAUCAAGCCCCGCUCGUCCGCCAGGCACAAGGGCAGCAACGCGACUGACAGCCGGGGUUAUGCCGAGCUGGAGCGGGGCGUCAUGACGGUGGAAAACAUGCUGGAGGACCCCGCCGUGCUCUCGGCGCCUCACCUGUCGGUGGAUCGAUAUGAGCGCGGUCGGCAGGGAUGCUGCGAGAGGGUGGUCAUCAACAUUUCGGGUUUGCGCUUUGAGACGCAACUUAAAACUUUCAACCAGUUCCCAGACACGCUGCUGGGGGACCCCAGGAAAAGGAUGCGCCACUUUGACCCACUGAGGAACGAGUACUUCUUCGACAGGAACAGACCAAGCUUUGAUGCCAUCCUGUACUACUACCAGUCCGGGGGGCGCAUACGGAGACCUGUUAACGUCCCCAUUGAUAUUUUUUCCGAGGAGAUCCGGUUUUAUCAACUCGGAGAGGAGGCCAUGGAGAAAUUCCGUGAUGAUGAAGGUUUUAUAAAAGAAGAGGAACGCAUACUGCCCAAAAAAGAUUUCCAAAAGCAGGUUUGGCUUUUGUUUGAGUAUCCCGAAAGCUCUGGACCAGCGAGGGGAAUAGCCAUAGUUUCAGUGCUUGUUAUUUUGAUUUCAAUUGUUAUUUUCUGCAUGGAAACUCUGCCGGAAUUUCGGGAUGAGAGAGACCAAGCCACAGUGGCACCCGCUGCCAAUGGCACUGAUCCCUACGUGCCAAGCCCGUUCACAGACCCCUUCUUCAUCAUUGAGACCCUGUGCAUAAUAUGGUUCUCUUUCGAAUUGCUGGUCAGGUUUUUCGCCUGCCCCAGCAAAGCUACCUUCUCCAAAAACAUCAUGAAUAUCAUUGACAUCGUCGCCAUAAUCCCCUACUUUAUCACUAUGGGCACUGAGCUGGCCGAGAGUGAAACCAACGGCGGCCAGCAGGCGAUGUCCCUCGCCAUCCUGAGGGUGAUCAGACUGGUGAGAGUCUUUCGCAUUUUUAAGCUGUCGCGUCACUCAAAGGGACUUCAGAUUUUGGGACAGACCCUCAAGGCCAGCAUGAGGGAGCUCGGCUUGCUCAUAUUCUUCCUUUUCAUCGGAGUUAUUCUCUUCUCUAGCGCGGUUUACUUUGCAGAAGCAGACGACCCCUCUUCCAGUUUCACCAGCAUCCCAGAUGCGUUUUGGUGGGCAGUGGUCACCAUGACCACUGUCGGAUAUGGAGACAUGCAUCCGGUGACCAUUGGUGGGAAAAUAGUGGGGUCUCUGUGCGCAAUAGCAGGCGUGCUGACCAUUGCCUUACCCGUGCCAGUGAUUGUGUCCAAUUUCAACUACUUUUACCACAGGGAGACUGAUGGAGAGGAGCACCCACAGUACGUGCACACCAGCAGCUGUGAGCACCUCCCCUCGGAGGAGCUGAGAAGGUCCUGCAGUUCCUCAUCCCUCAGCAAGUCUGAGUACAUGGUGACAGAGGACAGUGCGUUCAAACAGCCUAACUUCACCACGGAAAACAACCAGAACUCCGUCAACAUCAAAAAGAUCUUCACAGACGUGUAAAUGAACCCCAUAAUGGAUCAUUUAUGGAGCAUGAAGACAUA